AUGACAUAGUUGCUCAACACUAAUCCAUUUCAUUUUAAUUAAUGGAGAUCUGCCAAUCCUGAUGCUAAUUCAAUAAAAGCCAAAUUAUUGAAUAUCACGCCUGAGAAAUCUAAGCCAGGAAGUUUGACCAUUCAUGACAAAAUUGAUAAUAUGGCUAGCAAAGCAGUAGAAAAAUAACUAGGAAUGGGAUUAUCAAGGCCAAUAGAGAUACUAGGACAAGCUGGGCCCAUGAGACUAUCUAAUCGAGGUUUCAUUGAAGAUUUUCAUAAGCUUUACUACAAUUAAAAGCCAUAAUAAGAAAAGAGACAAAAUGAGUUAAGACUAUCUAGAACUGGCCAUGGAGCACAGCAAAUUGACUUCGAUCUGCAAGAUGAACUUAUUGAGCAAAAGAUCAAGGAUGUCGCUGAUGAUUUACUUCGCAGAUCUUAGCAUGAUUUGAAUUCAAAACUCAAUUAAAGAUCUAAGCAGAUGAGAGAUUACAUUGACAUUUAGCUUUAAAAGAAUGGGCACGCCAUAAAAUCUCUUAAAGAUGAUAUGCAAUCUUCUGAGAGGUAAAUUUAAAGAGACUUAAGAAGAAGUAACAUUGAAAUGAGCGGCAGUUUUGAUUUUAAAAAGUUAAAUGCCCACCCAUCGUUAGUUUAAACAAGCACUGAUGAUAAUAAAACCAGAAUUCUUAAGAAAACUCUAGCAUCAGAUAUUUAGAUGUCUGUUCUAGCCUAGAAAAUACAAUGUAAACCUAUUGAGGGUCAUGAUUUACCCAUUAGUGAAUUAUAGAGGAAGACUCUUUCAGACUUAGAUGGUUCAAGCACACAAAAAGCGCAGUUGAUAACAGUAGAGAACUUAAACUCUCUCUAUCCAAACGAGAUUAAACCAGAAGAGUAAAUCUUAUCUAUGCUAUUGCCGAACCAAUUGAAAAAGAAUACUAUGGAAUUUCUUGAUAUAGAAGACAUCAAAACAGUCAAAGAUGUCAAACCACCUAAAACCCAAGCUUAAAAAGAUAGAGAAAAUUAUGAGGAAAUGCUAGAAAAAGAUAGACUUGAACUACUUAUCACUGAUGAGCACAGACAAAAGACGAUGAAGUGUCUAUUAAAAUGCCUAGAUUUUCAAUUAAAAGAUAUUGAAGCAUAGGCUGACCAUAUUGAUUAAAAUUUCAAAAGAAACGAUAAGGAAUUAAAGGAUUUCGAGAUGUUUCUGAAGAAGGAGGAAAAUAGACUUAUAAUGGAAGGUAUUAAUGAGAAGAUGAAUAAAGCUAAGAAAUAGCUAGAGACUUAUGAUAACUAUGAUCCUGAAAGAGAUGACGGUAAAGAGUUAGCUCACAUAGCUGACUUAGUAGUAGAAAAUAAAUUGCUAUUGGAGAGAGUUGAUAUGUACUUGGGCAAAGGUGAGAGUAAUAAGGGUGACUUAAGCACAACUCAAGAUGAUUUUGAAGACGAAGAGUCGAAAUUUUCAGAAUCUUUUAUCAAUCAGAUGUAUAAAUAAGUCAAGAAACAAGCUGGUCCAGGGAAGUUCAAACCUGCUUCAAUUAAUGUUUAAUUUGGAAAACCAAUUGUCGAUACACAUCUCAACAAAAAUAAAAAGACCCUAAAGAAGUCAAAAUCUAGACCAAGACCUGAAAAAUCACCAGUAGGAGUAAAAGUUCUCAGCUAAGACUUAUAAAAGAUAAAGAAUGAAAGAAAGUAGGAUCUCAAAAAGAAGAUAGAGCAAAAGCUAACCCCAACCAAAGUUGAGAAGGUAGUCUAGCAUACUACAUAGAAGAAUAAACCUAUAGAUGAAAAACUUAAUAGACAUAUUAAGAGUGCAAUGGAUAGUAUGGCUAAUGUUAUGAAAGCAGCUUUUUAGGAUUAAGAUUGA